GACAACGUUGCAACGUACGUACGGCGUGCACACGCGCGCGCACGGCCACGUUACGUUACUGCACUGCACAUGCACAGUCGAGUCGAAAUGGCGGAUCACGAAGUACUAGGCUUGCUGGAGAAGUGGGGCGUUAGCACCCUAAUGGACGUGUUUAUAGAUAAUGGCAUAGACAUGACGGCCCUUCGAUUGCUGACAGAAGCAGAUAUAGCGCAACUUAUUCCGAAAGUUGGUGUACGGGUGAAGUUUGUUGAAAAGUGGAAGAAUCAUUUCCAAGCUUCACUCAGUAACAUUUUGUUGGCUGCAUGUGGAAAAAGAACAGAGAUUGCAAACCCGGGUGCAAUUGAAAAAAAUGCAUUGUUUGAAAGUGUAGUUACUGCUUUCCCAUGCUUGAAGGACCCACAGGGAACUACAGGAUACGAAGCAUUUUACACCAAAGAAGCGAAAGGAUGUCCAGCAACUGGAUAUUUAGAAGAGCACCUACGCUAUGUGCGUAAGCACAUGCUACAAAAGGCAAAGCCACAUCAAGAAUGUACAUCAACAUCAGAUGCUGCCACUGGUGAAGCAGAGCAACCAGCUGAGACAACACAGGAUCACCAGUCCAAGAUUGAACGGCUCAAAGAUAAUGUGGAGCCUGCUGACAAGGUACAGGAGCUCAUAGAAGUAACAGCUAGCUACCGAAGAGAGUGGAUCAAGAAUAAGGAGAGAACUGUGGCCGAGAUUCUUCGGGAAUUCCCAAGACUAUUGGACAGUAACAUGAUUGAGCAGGAUUAUCAUUUGGCGUACCCCUUAUCAGCUGACAGUCUGUACGACAGAUGGAGUGCCAUGGUCGACCCUAUCAUUGAGUAUGGUACAAGAAUGUGCCCUUUGUGGAAGGAGACAUUGGAGCUACCACAAGAUAUGAUCCUGGACAAAUUGACAAAAGAUCAGAAGUCCAUUUUGGCUUUGAUCAUCGUGCCUGUCAUCUUUGAGGGGAAUUCCAAGAAAAGAGCUGCUGGGAGAAGCACUAUCAAAGAUGUAGUUGGAUUUUUCAUUGACAGACAACGGGAUAUCAUCAACAUGCCGCAGUACCUAAAGAAGGUUGAUCCAAAGACUCAUCCCCAGCCGUUUGUACUGUCACUGAGCAGUGCGAAUCAUCUGGAAUCCAGAAAUGCCUUCGUCAUCAUUGAGAAGCAAGCCAUACCUCAGCCAUCUAUCCUGAAAGCAGUUGAUGUGUGCUACAAAGCGCACUACAUACUGGAUUGCGAGUACCAACAGCAGUGCCAGGGGGUGUGGACUUUCUUUGAAAAGUGUGUGUACAGACAAGAAGGUGUCAAGACCAGAGACAAUGCUUGCCUGAGAGGCCUAUGUGCUUACCUUGCACACAAAAAUGUUCUCUAAACACUGCAGCAGACAUGCAGUGCAUACAGCAUGUAUGUUCCUGUAUUUUUUAAGGAUACCAGGCGAGUUUGUCCUUAUAGAGGGACCCCAUUGCAGUUGGUCUUUACAAGAUUUUACAACUUUGUUUAAGACAUGAGUUUUUUUGAAUUUGUUCUAUUUGUAAGAAACUCUCAAAGUCUUGAGGGGAGUAGUAGUAUUACUACUAGAAAGAGUGAAGUACAUUUUGCAUUAUAUUUUCGAAACAAUGUUAUUGUAACAUCUGCUACUUCUUAUCGAAAAAGGUGUCUCAAGUUUCUUAUAAAAAAAUUCCAGAAAAAAACAUUUCUGUUUCCAGGCAAAUUGUUUUUCUAUACUUGAGAAGCCAUUAAGGUCUUUGCAAGAUGUAGAUUUUGAAACCCUAUGCUUUUCCUGUUUCUAUUUGAAAUUUGUUAGAAACUUUAAAAGUCUUGAGGAUAAGUAGUAGAUGUUACAACUUUGUUUUGCAAAAGACAUGUUGUAACAUAUGCUACUUGUCCUCAAUAUUUUCUUUUGAAGAAGAAGUGCGACUUGUUUGCCUGAGAUGCCUGCAGGCUUACCUUGCACACAGAAAUGUUCUCUAAACACUGCAGCAGACGUGCAGUGCAUACAGCGUGUAUGUUCCUAUAUUUUUAGGAUACCAGGCGAGAUUGUCCUUAUAGUGGGACCCCAUUGCAGUUGGUCUUUACAAGAUUUUACAACUUUGUUUGAAAAUUUCAUUUUCUUGGAUCUGUUCUAUUGUGAGAAAAUGUCAAAGUCUUGAGGGGAAAUAGUAGUAUUCCCAUUUUUUUAAACAAACAUGUUACUUUUUUUUGUUGUUUUUUAUUUGCAAAAGAAACCUGCGACUCAAUUUCCUAAACCAUCAUUUUGUAACAUCUGUUACUUCUCUUCAAGAAGUUGUCUUGAGUUUGUAACAAACAAAAUUCAGAAAAAAAAUAAAAGCAUUUCUGUUUCAAAGCAAUUGUUUUUCUAUAUUUGAGAAACCAUUAAGGUUUUACCUAAGAUGUAGAUGUUUAAAUGUUUUUUUCUGAAACGAAUAGGAUUUCCCUGUUUUUUAUUUGGAAUUUGUGGAUAAGUCUUGAGGAUAAAUAGUGGAUGUUACAACUCGCUUUCAAACAGACAUGUUGUAACAUCUGCCAUAUCUCCUCAAGACAUUUAAAGUUUCUUACAGAAAAGAAAAAAAACAUGUUAUUUAUUUGAAACAACUUAUUCGUUCCUUAUAUUUUUUUCUUCAAUUUGAAAAAAAACCUGUAUGUUUUUAAGGCCUUGUUGAGUAGAAAUUAUUUGUUAAUAAAAAUAAUAAAAAGAAGAGGGAGAAAC